GGAAAGGAAGUUAGCCAGGCAGAGAUGUUCAUUGAGACUCGACAAAGUCGAAAAGGAAAACAGCCAGAUGAGGAAACUUCAAGUGUAAUUUCUAAGCUUCAAGAAUCAGUUCAGAAUUCAACUGAAUCUGAGACAUUUAACUCCUUGUUUGGGAAAGAAAAAUCUGGACGAGUUCGUUGCUAUGGAAGAACAAUAACACCUACCAUGCUUAAAAGAAAAGAAGAAAUUCUGGUUAUUAAAAGGCAGCAUAAUGAUGAAGUGGCUGGCAUGAAGAGGGAGAUGGAUGGUAUGAAGGCGCUAUUUAAGACAAUGAUGAAGCAACAAAACCCACAUAUGAGCGACGACGAGAUCUCUAAUUUGAUGGCAAGUGCUAUGGGCUGUUCCAUUAGUUCUACUGCUGCUCCUGCUGAUCCACAUUCGUCUGCAUCAACUCAUAUUCCGCAUUGCGAACAGAUUUUAAGCAUCUUGUUAGUGUUAUUGGUUGGUACAAAUUUUGUGAAUGCUAGUAACAUUGAUGUAAUUCAUUUUCUGGUGCCAAUUAAACUGAAUGCUAGUAACAUUGUUAUAAUGUUAUUGGGUGGAGAGGAAGCAGAUUGA